AAGUCACAACGACCUUGUUAUAUACCUCAGCUUGAAAUGAACUCUAAGCGGCGCAUCGAUCAUUCCGACGACGAAGGUCCUCACCAUAGUCGUGAUAAAUUUACACGUGAACGUAGAAGCAGUACCGAACGCAGGGAUACUCGGGACCGAGAUAGAGAACGUGACCGUGAGCGAGAUCGUGAUAGAGAACGUGAUCGCGAGAGGGAUCGAGAUCGCGCAACGUACAGUGAUAGACGAGCAAAGAGGGAUAACUCUUCUCCGGAAGAUAGAGAGUCGUCUACAAACUACCUAGAUAGACGUUCGAAAAGAAGACGAUCGAUUACACCUGACUCGAGAAGGCCACCGCCUCCCGAUGGAGGCGAUCAUUAUAUUCCUAAUUACGAAAAGGAGGGAUAUACACCGGGUCCCAGGUACAACGGCAAACCGGGAGACAUACGUUAUCAACCGCAUGGAUUUCCUGUUGGUUUACACAUGGGAUUCAGCGUUCCUGCCCCGCCCAUGAUGACUCCCGGAGGGCCCCUCAUGCCGAUGGAUUGGACAGCACAAGGAAGACAAGAGGCACUAAAAGAUCCCGAUCAACUGGAUUUCUUAGUGACUUUCAAAUACUUUGCCGAAUUCCUUCAAUCGUCGCAACCUAAAGCUCGAUUUACUGAUGAUGAAUUGCACAAGCGAUAUAACGAUUAUAAAGAAGCCUUCGGUGUUAAGCAAUUGAAAACCUUUUUCGAAGCUCACAAAAAGGAAGAAUGGUUUCUCGAAAAGUACCAUCCAAAGCAUAUGGGUCCAAGAGUUGAGGCAACCAAAAUAUUGAAAAAGAAAAAUUGCAAUCAGUUUCUUAAUGAUCUGAAAGAAGGCCUUUUCGACAACAUCAUCAAUGACGUGGUCGAAGAUAAUAAGGAAGAUAUGAAAGUAGAUGAUAACAAUGUGGAGAAGAACGAUCCCGACGAAGAUGCUAACAGGCUUUUCAUAAAGAGUGUUUCGCCGAGUAUUGCCAGACAAAAGAUCGAAGAUAUGUGCAAAGAGAUAUCGGGGUUUAAAUAUCUCGCGUUGUCCGAACCCAAUCCUCAAAAAAAGUUUCAUCGCUUGGGAUGGAUCGUUUUUGAGGAAGGAACAGACAUGGAUAAAGCAUAUGAAAAGCUUAACGAACAAAAGAUUGAUGAAUUUGUCUUUUACCUUGCUCGCCACAAAAAUCAAAACGGACCAGUUCGCAAUCGCACAACGCCCGACAUUGCGAAUCAGAUUGACCGUUUGAAAAAGGAUUUAUCAUCUGCGAUUAAACUCAUUGAAAAGUUAGACAAAGAUGUGAACGAUUCGUUGAAUGGAGUCCAGGCAAUUAAGCAAAGACUUGUGCUUCUCGAGAAUGACGAACAGCGUGACGAGACAAUUUUGGUUAAAAGGGCAUUAGAUAUUCAUAUUGAAUACUUGCGUCGCGUACACCUCUUUUGCUACUAUUGUGGUAGUGAAUCGGAUUCUGUAGAGGAGCUUAAUAGAAAGUGUCCUGGUCGUCAUCUUAGAAGUGUAACUGGAGCUAAUGAUUCAAAGUCGGCAGGUAAGUCUCAAAAGGAGAAGCAAGUCAAUGACAACAAGAUCAGCUACAAGACGGACCCUUUGAAAUUCGAAAACGAUAUUGAAAAAUAUGGCGGACUUAACGUCAAGACCGUUAUUGAGGCAUUUUAUGGCGAAAACGUCAUUGAAGUGGAAACCGGGCGUAAAUUCAAGUGUAAUCUAUGUGCAAAAUUGUUUAAGGGUUCCGAGUUUGUUAGGAAGCAUAUUGAUUACAAGCAUCACAGUAUGGUCGAAACUACCACCAGUGAGGCAAAGUUCUACAAUAACUAUGUUCUCGACCCGAAUCACCUCCUUCCUACCACUCCGCCUAAUCCCACAGCGGCACUUAGUGGUCCUUCAAGUGUCUCUGCCCUUCCACCUAAUCCUUUCCCUGUGAUUGCUAAUGCACCACCACCACCAUUUAUGAACUUCGGAUUUCCAAUUGUUGGAGCUGCCGCUGGGACUCCUCAUGAUCAAAUUCCGAGAAUUGGAUUCGAUGAUAGGGAUGAUCGAGAACAGCGUACUCCCAGGCCUGCAGGUGAUCGUAGAAGACAAACAUCAAGUUCUAGACCGAACGAUUUCAAUGCGAGCUCAGAUCCUCGGCAAGUGAAAUCUUAUGUUGACCUAGAUGCGCCGGCCGAAGGAGAUAUCGAGAUCAAAUAUUGA